AUGUUUCCUUCAUGCAUCAGGCCGCACGCCGCGCGUGAUACAAGCUUUCUGACUUCCUUUUGCUCAAUGCUUGGUCUUCUUGGCACCAACGUCGUCGUCUUACUCUUCGAUGCUGCUGUUAUGAAACCGUCCAAUGUUUUCUAUCGUUUCCCUUUUAUCAUGCUUCUUUGUGCCCAUCCUUGCUGCGCAUUCUUCGGCCGAUGAGCCACCAUUUUUCCAAAGCGGGGAGUACAACGCCGGCGAGUACGGCAAGUAUGUCACGCAGAACUUCAUAACAGCGAACGUUACGGUACCGAGAUUGAACGUUAACCGGCCAUUUACGAACUGCGAUGAUGGUUCAUACCUGUUCAUUGCCCCGCGCGGUGAAGUCGCAAAUUCAUCCGUUUGCAUAUUGGACGCUAGUGGAUCGCUCGUCUGGUGUACCAGCGACUUCCCAGGCCAAGCCUACAAUCUGCAAGUACAGGAGUAUAGAGGUCAGAAGUACUUGACCUACUGGGCGGGAAACAACUCGCUCGGCCAUGGCAUUGGAAAGUAUUAUAUGCUUGACCAGCAUUAUGAGCUGUUCCGUGCAGUCGACGCCGCUGGCAACAUGUCUGCUGAUCUGCACUCAUUCGACAUCACGCCCGAAGGCACUGCCGUCCUGACUGUGUACGACAUGGUCUUCACAGACCUAGCGAAACAUUUUCGGAAACCUACGGUCUCAUCACCGAGCAUACGGCAAGCGGGCAUCAAGAUGCCAGGUCUACCACCACUCAGACCGGGCCGGCCGUCGAAUACUCCACCCGAUACGGGCUGGAUUUGGGACUCGCUUUUCCAAGAGAUAGACCUGGAAACCGGCGAGUUGUUAUUCCAAUGGCGCGCAUCCGACCACUACAGCUUCGGCGAGUCAUAUGAUCCGCUUAGGGUGGCAACGGAGCAGAAACCGUGGGAUUGGUUUCACAUCAACAGUGUGGAGAAGGACGCAGCGGGGAAUUAUCUCGUCUCAGCCCGCCAUAUGCGCUGCAUUGCAUACAUCUCCGGAGAGGAUGGAAGAGUGCUUUGGCAGGUCGGUGGCAGAGCGAACAGCUUCAAAGAGAAGUCGGCAGGGCGUGCCACAAACUACAUCGGGCAGCACGAUGCCCAUUGGGUCCCCGGCAGUAACACUUCUAUCACCUUCUUCGAUAACCGUGGGGACUGGACGUACCACACCGAGCAGAAGUCGAUGGGCACCCGUAUCGAGCUUAACUUCGACGACAUGAGCGCCACGCUUGGCAAGCAUUACGCCCACGAAAAGAAUGUCUACAGCGUAUCGCAAGGCUCAUACCAGACCCUACCCAAUGGCCACGUCGUGCUAGGCUACGGCAACAACGGUGUUAUGACCGAGUUCGACGAAGAUGGAAACAUUCUCUGCGACGCCUACUUCGAGCCAUCGAAGGAUUGGACGUCCGGCAAUGUGCAGAGCUACCGCAACAUGAAGUUCAACUGGACCGGCAUGCCGAAGACGAGUCCAAGUCUAGAGCUGCACGAGGGCGCGCUCUACAUGUCAUGGCUCGGCUCGACGGAGACCGACGGCUGGUUGCUACUGCAUUCCUCAUCCUCAAACGGCUCGUUCAAGGAGCUUCUAAGCUUCCCCAAAGCCGGCUUCGAGACUCGCUAUGAGUUCGAAGAGGAUGUCCAGGUGCGCGAAUUCGUCAAGAUCGGCGCUCUGAACAAAGACGGCCAUCUAAUGGCCAUCUCCUACCCAGUCAGCAUCGGCGACCGCGCCACCGUUGCCGCCAACGUAACAUAUCCGCCUGAGGCUGGCGAGUUCGACGAUCUGGAGGAUGACUACGAAGCGGAUGAAGUGCUGGAGCUUGAGGAGACUCUUGAGGAUCUAGAAGUGCUCAUUGCUUUUGCUUUGCUUGCGGGAAUCAGCACGUUCUUGGUAUGCUGGCUUUUCCUCGGAUUACGAAUGUUCAGGCCUUUGCGCACGUUAAAGCAUCGAUUACUUGGCUUUUGUGAUGACUUCAGCAAGAGCAGGGUCGCUCAGGUCUACUACGCUGCGAGUACACAGACGGCGCAACGAUUGUCCGCUCUGCUCGUUUCGGUGUCGGGUGGAAGAAGAUGGAUGUAUCGGUCGUUGGAAGCAGAUGAUGAACAUGAGCUAUCUGCAAGUAGUUCGGAGUUCAGUGGCGGUCCGCCUUAGCGACCCAUAGCAUACAAAACAAGUUCUUUGCACUCAUUGUGUUUCACUCCACCCACACUCUAUGAACUCCCUUGGAACAACCGCAGCUUAUGCCUCAGCCGCGCCAGCCUCAAACGCCUCCGGGAAGCGGCGCAUGUUGUACUCAAGCGGGCCACGGUUCCUCAAGAACUGCACGUAGGCACCAUCCACCCUCACGCGACCGGCCUUGCGCUUCUCAACGUACUCCUCGCGGCGA